AUUCAAUUCGUGGCUCAAUCAGCAGGUUUUACAUUUAGUUUUGAUUCUUUAUGUACGUAAGUGAAACAUUUUAUCGUUUAAGUUUAAAACUCUUAUCAGUUAUCGCAAAAUAAAUAUUUUGAACCAAAUAUAGUGAUAUAAAAUAAGUUGCAAUAAGAUUGGAAAGUUUUUGGCUAUAUAUAUUCGAUAUCAUGUCGACCUCAGAGCAACAAUUACGUUACAUUACAGAUAACUUUUUGAAUCACAUUGGUGAAAAGCUUUUGGAUGAAAAAAUUAUCGGUCAUGAAAUUUCUCAUUCCGGAGGUUUUGAUGGUUUUAUGUCAACUAUUUUUGAGCUAGAUAUCAAAACUGUGAAUGAGAAAACAAAAAAGGAAAAGAUUCAUAAAUUAAUCGCUAAAUUUAUGAAAAGCACCGUCUCAUUUAGGAAAGCAAGCAAAUCGUAUGAGCAAUUUUCAAAUGAAAUUUUCAUUUAUGGUAAGGUUUUACCAUAUUACGAAGAAGUGCUGAAAAAACAAAUGAUCAAGAAGAAUUUAAUAAUUGAUAUAAAAAAUUGGAUUCCACGCACAUUUUAUGCUGAAUAUGGUUUGAUUCAAGGUUUAAGUGAUGGCAGAACAAAUGAAUCUGUACUUGUUUUAGAAAAUUUGAAACCUUUAGGCUAUAGGGGUGGACCUAGAUGUUUUUUAGAUCGGCAGCACUUACUGUUGUCAGUUAAAAUUUUAGCUGAAUACCAUGCAUUCAGUUAUGUUAUGAGAAUAAAUAAAGAUCCGAAGCUGCAGGAAUUUAUUGAAGAAAUAAUUCCAUUACCAUUUAUAAUACAACAAAAUGCUACGCAAUCAACACUAGAUAAUUCGCUAGUUCAGCAACAAGAAAACAACAAAAACCAGGAUCAAACUAUCCGCAAAAGGAAACUCUCAUGUGAUGCGCUUGAUGCCAAUAAUGAUGAUGAUGAAAAUGAAAAUGAUGAAAAUAAAAAUAAAAAAUAUUACAAUACUGUUACAAAAACAGAAAACAAUUUUUAUGAUGUUCUUUAUAGAGUUGCAUUUGAUAGAUUCUUCAUGUUUAUUGAAAAACUUAAAAUUAUCAACUCUAACAUGCAAAUCAGUACUAACAUUGAAAAUCAAAAUAAGAAUUUAUUAAACUUUAUAAAGGAGAAAAAUAUAAAUGAUGAAUUUUUCGAGACUUUGGAUGCGUUCAAAUUAAAAUGGUACGAUAAACCGACGGCAUUAUUGGAGUACAUUCGUUGUAAUUGUGUUGAUAAUUCAGAAAAUGAUGUUUUUCCUGUUAUACUUCAUGGAGAUUUUAAUAGAAAUAAUUUGAUGUAUCAAUAUAAUGAGCAUCAAGGAUAUGAAAACCCGAUAGGUGUAAAAAUGAUUGAUUUUCAAGAAUUACGUUAUGGGACACCAGCUAUUGAUUUAGCUUUUCAUAUGUAUAUGAACAUGGAACCUUCAAUUCGUAAUGAAUUUUGGAUGGAAUUACUCAAAUUCUAUCACAAUACUGUGAUCAAUACAAUGGCCAAUAUUUUGAACGUUGAAAUUGGACAUGAAUUGUUAAAUCCGUAUAGGUUUGAAAAAUUUAAUGAACAUUUUACUAAGUAUGCAUUCUAUGGUGCUUUAGUUUGUAUGCAUUUUUUACCUUGGAUGACAUGUUCUGAAGAAGAAGUUGAAAAGUUAUCACAUCAUUUUGCAACAGAUAUGCAUGGUAAUGAUUUUCGUCAAAUUUCAAUUGAUGCGGGAGGAGAGGAAUCAGAUAAGUUAAUUGCUGAAAUAGUUCAACAUGCAAUAAAAUUAGGUUACAUGAAAAAUUUAUUGUAAAUUAAAAAAAAUAUUUUUACAUGAAAUUUUUUGCCUUUUUUUUAUAUUAUGUUAUUUUUUUUAUAUUAAUAAGGUUUGCAUUACUAACGUUUUUUGCCUC